AUGCAGAUCUAUUUCCCCAAGCUGGCAUACGCCAAGUCGAAAUGGUACCGGGAGAAGGAGUCAAGAGAUGAAGUUGCCAGACUUGACCUGGACUGGAACCCCUUUUGA